AGAGUGGUGUACACAAAAAUGCAGUGUUGACAGCCUUGUAUUGUGACAUUCGGAGGGAUUUGUAAUAGUCUGUUAUUUAUAAUUAUGCCAACUAAUUCAAUAGUAACAAUAAGGUACGGUCCAUACGAUUCGUGUGGAAUUGUCGAUCACAGAACGUUUCGCCUGGACGGCUUACAAGCGGUGCUCAAAGGCGACGGUCACCGGUAUGUCCUCGAGAAAACAGAUGACUGGAAUACAGUUGAGCUCAUUGUGAAUGGAGAGCGCGUGUAUACAUGCAACAUCACUGACCUUGUAUUUGGGGGUGAUGGACGCCUUGAUCCGCUGUGCCAGGAGGCCAUUGACGCGGUGAGGGAGGCGUACUGAACACCGUACCCGUUUCAAAUUAAAGUUAGCAAUAGCAUAGACUUCUAUUGCCGAAUACUGAACGGUAUACACUGUAUACCAUAAAGGACCGUUUUGGAGGAAUAAAAAGCAACUGUAAUUAUGAGUUUCAUUCUCACACAAUUUGUGAUUCAGAGUUUAUAUCUUGCAAUUCGGAUAAAUUAGUCAUAAAUUAUUUUAUUGUAGAAUAAGUUUUAGUAUUUUAUUUCUCAAGAGAUCUGAAAUUUUAUAUCAUGCAGUUUUGAUCUCAUACUGUAAACUAAUUUUUUUAUGAUUCUGUGAAAAAAAAGUCACAGAGAAAGCAAUUCAGAUUGUAUUUCUCACAAUUCAAAUUUUAUUUCACGCCGUUCUGAGAAAAAAAAAAUUCUUAUUAUAUUUAUCACAUUUGCGAAAAAGUCAGAGCUGUAUCAAAAAAUCUGAUGAAUUCAGUUAUACUGUAUACUGAUAUAUCACUUAUACGGUAAUUCACAAUGCUGUGAAAAGAUGUUAACCUUAUAAUUUAGGUAAAAAAGAAAAAUAUGAAUAAGUUACAAUUUCGCAAUUGCGACAAAAAAGUUUUUGCCCUUGAAUGCAAAUGAGCUUGUUCUCUCCACCCUCUGUUCGGGCAUAUCUACUUCAAAAGAUAAGGGAUACUUGGCAUCACACAAAAACAUUACGCAUUAUACUGUACAAUUACAUUAUGCUGUUUGCCAAUACUGACACAUAGUAAUAGGCACUUGUCAAUCAAUAUCGGGGUGUUGAUAACAAUGUCACGGUGCAGUUGGCCUCAAAAUUGCUGGCAUUUGGAAAAAGACUUGAUGUGUUUAUGCCACUCUAGUAUGGCUGUGUACAAUAUGUACUAUUCCUACACAUUUCUGUUCAAACUGCUUCCCUUUAAACUGUGCCCUCUAGUUGUAAGGUACUAUUUCAACCAUGUUUAAAAUUAAAGUGAGCCAAAUAACUAGACAGCAUUUUAAAGCAUCCAUGAAAUGAGUACUAUCGUAGGGUCCUAUGUACAUAUGAAGGCAGCACACUGUCUGUGAGAAGACUGCUUGUAUAUGUGCACAGGUAUAUGACAAAUGAUAUAACCACGCAAACAUCCAUCGUUUGUCAGUGACACAGUUUAUUGCAUUAUUGCUGAAAAACAUCUAUCGUUCAUCACAAUCUAUCACAGCGAUCUUUUUCUCCCAUGAGCAAUGUCCUGUUUAUAAUAUACUAAAACCAAAUCUAUUUUUUUACAUUAAAUUCCCUAUUCCAAGUGUCACAUGAAUAACCUACCACACAGUAUGUGUAAAGUACAGUUUACCGCUAUUUAGUUCAGCUAGUGUGAAUAUCAAGGUUUCACUAUGUGUGAGCAUCCAGCCACAGAGUGAUAUAAUAUAGCAUUACCAAAUGUUGCUAAAUUUCUAUAGAAAAGCAGUUUGACUGCAUUAAGAUUAAACAGAACGAUAUUGCUUCAGAUGUUUGUGCUUAUCAGAUGGGUUGUGUAAUUAAUUGCUUUGUAGCUUACGUUUAAUUGUUUCCCAGUGUGUAUACUAGCAUUUCAAAGUUGUCACAGACAUGUUGACGUUAUGAAUGUCCUCGUUCCCACAAGUCUUAAAUGUCACUAAAACCCUAAAGUCUAAAAUAAAGCAUAUUUUGUGGAAGCUACAGAGAAUAUCAGGACUACCACGGAGAAUAACGUUACUUGUCUAGAUGCCAUCUGUCUGAUGUCUCAGGAUGAAGCCAAGUGUGACAGUUAUGGAAGACAAUUUGUAAAAAAAAAA